AUGGCGUUUUCGCAUCUCUCUAAGCCACGUCUAGAAUGGCACACAACCUUCGCUGGAUCCUCGCCAGUUUGGCCCUCGGAACCAGCAAUCUCGACUAUUCUUUCGAUUGCCUCGGAAGCAUUGUCCGAGCAUCUCCAAGUGGGGGAUGUGACCUUCUUUGCCCAAGGGUCAUUCAACAAGAAUUAUGAGAUUGUGGCCCCAAAUCAAAAGGACAGAUUUCUUUUCCGCGUCACCCUUCCAGUUGAUCCUUUCCUCAAAACGGAGGGUGAAGUUGCCACACUGGCAUUCCUACGCCAAAAGACUAGCAUUCCAGUUCCUGAAGUGGUUGCAUGGAGCUCGACAUCGGACAAUGCCCUCGGUUAUGAAUGGAUCCUUUUGAAAAAGGUAGAAGGUGUCCCGCUCGAGCAAAGAUGGCGUGAAAUAUCUAUUGAAAGAAAAGUUCAAAUCUCCGAACAAUUAGCAACAUACGCCGCUGAGCUACGAGGCGUACCCUUUGAUAAAAUCGGGAGUCUUUACUUUGAGGGCACGAACGCCCGGUCUGAAAGAAGCGGCAGUACUCAAGACGUUCAACAGAUCAAGUUCAUGUCCGAUUAUCUCGGAAAAGGUGUAGAAAUCGGGCCGAUGGUUUUGCCAUUCUUCUUCUUCAAACGACGACUCUACAUUCACUCUGACCGUGGGCCAUUCGCCAAUUCUCAUCAGUAUCUAACAGCAAAGGUGCAAAUGCAGACUGAUUGGAUCAAGAGUGGGGUUGAGAUAGCACAAUCCGAUGCUAGCGACAUCGACUCGGAUUGUGACGAAGAUCUCCUGGAGGAGGCACCCGAGAUGCUAGAAGUAUGUGAGGCAGCUCAGGAUUUGAUUGUGCGUCUCUUUCCCCCGACGGACCCUGACACAUGCCAUACACUCUAUCAUCAUGAUCUCAAUCAAAACAAUGUAAUCCUGGAUCCAAUCAGCCAUGACAUCGUUGCUGUGAUUGACUGGGAGAUGACUUGCGUGCUCCCCAAAUGGGCAUCCUUCUACUACCCCAAGAUGUUUCUCGAUGUGGACCCAGUGACUGAGGAUGAGCCGCCCAUACCGGUGGACUACAAUGACGAAAAUGAUUACACUAUCAUCCGCCGGGACAGAUGGGACGCACGGAUCCUUAGGAGGGCUUUUGAUACCUACAUUGAGACUCUGUGCAAAGAUAAAAACGACACCACAUUUACUCAUGGCUUUGAAGAGAAGAGAACACUUGAGGAUGCCAUAGAAGACCUGACAGAUAACUGGAGAGGUGCGCGAGCAAGGCUGAAAGACCUUCAAAGUCAAGGUGUAACAGGAAAUACUUGA